AUAGAAAUGUCAACUCGUCAUAUUAUUUAUAAAUCCCGAAAACCCCAUUUUUUUCCACGAAUUGAUAAGGUUUUCACGGUAGGAAUUAGGAAUGCAAACAGAUCCCAAGAUUACCGCAAUAUGUACAAGUUUUAAUUAAGACCGGGGCCAGACAGACGUUCGUAACGCGUUAAAAACGGCAUCCGUGAAGGAAAACACCGCUGGGAGGAGGGUGAGCCAACAACAAAUCCGGAAUCGAUUUUUACGGUACUUGCUCCUGAAGCCGGUGGCCCUUUUGGGCGCUUCUCGUCCUCGCAGUUUCCGCGAGUUUGUCUGCCCGUUCGGUGCGAGACGUUUUGCGUAAAUAGCGUAAAGUCUCGAGCAAAAAUGGCGGAAGCUACAGGUGUGUCUAACGCGGAAGUAGUCAGGGGACAAAUCUUCGAGGUGGGGCCCCGGUAUACAAAACUAGCCUAUAUUGGGGAAGGCGCCUAUGGUAUGGUCGUGUCGGCAAUAGAUACGGAAACGCAGACGAAACUGGCGAUAAAGAAAAUUUCCCCCUUUGAGCAUCAGACUUACUGUCAAAGGACCUUAAGGGAAAUCAAAAUUCUCACCAGGUUCAAACAUGAAAAUAUAAUUGACAUAAGGGACAUCUUAAGGGCUCCGUCGAUAGACCAAAUGAAAGAUGUCUAUAUAGUGCAAUGUCUCAUGGAAACGGAUCUCUAUAAACUUCUUAAAACCCAGAGACUAAGUAACGACCAUAUAUGUUACUUCCUCUAUCAAAUCCUGCGAGGCUUGAAGUAUAUCCAUUCGGCCAACGUGCUUCACAGAGACCUUAAGCCCAGCAAUCUACUGCUGAACACCACCUGCGACCUCAAAAUUUGUGAUUUUGGUCUUGCGAGGGUCGCAGAUCCAGAACACGAUCAUACCGGUUUCCUUACCGAAUACGUGGCGACCAGAUGGUACCGAGCACCGGAAAUUAUGCUUAAUUCCAAGGGUUACACCAAAUCCAUCGAUAUAUGGUCGGUCGGUUGCAUCUUAGCGGAAAUGAUCGCCAAUCGACCGAUAUUCCCCGGAAAGCAUUACUUAGACCAACUCAAUCAUAUUUUGGGUAUUCUGGGAUCUCCGUCGCAAGAAGAUUUGAGCUGUAUUAUUAACGAGAAGGCAAGAAGUUACUUACAGUCCUUACCGUAUAAACCGAAAAUUCCGUGGACAAAAUUGUUUCCACAUGCCGACCCGAGGGCUUUAGAUUUACUGGAUAAAAUGUUAACGUUUAAUCCUCACAGGAGGAUAGAGGUUGAAGAAGCUCUGGCCCACCCUUACUUGGAACAGUAUUAUGAUCCUAUGGACGAGCCCAUUGCGGAACAACCGUUCCGGUUCGACAUGGAACUCGACGAUUUACCUAAGGACACCCUAAAAAAACUGAUUUUCGAAGAAACGUUAUUGUUUAAGCAGCGAAAGGAGGAGGAACUGAUGAAAAAAUAACAGGGAGCAUAAUCGAUGCAAAUAAACGUAUAAAAAUGUGAGGAAACGGUCGAGAGUCUAAAGUUUUUCUUAUCUUUAAGGAGGAACAUUUCCUUAAUUAAAAAUAACAUAAAUUUUAGACUUUCAAACGACGUUUUAUAUUUAUUUUGUUUCUACCGUAUACAAAUUUUUGGGUGAAGGAGCGGUCAAUAUCGUAUUGUUAGUAUAUAAUUUGUUUUAAAGUAUUGUUUCUAAUAUAAGUUGUAUGAGUUUA